AUGGAGACCCUCCUCUCCCUCGCCUUCGACAACCUCUCCUCCUUUGACCCGGGCAAGAUCAAGAAAGGCCUCAAGCAAGUCGAAGGCCUCCUCGCACAAAUUUGCCUUUCCGGUCCCAGCAGUUCCCGCAAACAUGCCGACCCCCAACACCACCAACAACAACAACAACAACAGCAACAGCAGCAACAGCAGCCGACUCGUAAGAUGCUUUCGGACCUGUCCUCCGACCCGGCCUUCCGCGAAUUCUUCAAGCUUCAGGAAGGGUUCGAGUGGAACAUUGCGCAGCGCUUGUUGGCUACCCUCGACUGGCUGGUCGUGCGCGGCGGCGACGGCCAGUAUGACUUACUGAUCGUCAACGCGCUUGACCUGUUGCAGGGUGUAUUGUUGCUGCACCCACCGAGCAAGGCGCUUUUCACGAGGAGCGUGCAUAUGAACCUCCUCCUCGACCUUCUCGAACCAAUCAACUCCGCCGCGAUCCAAUCUGCCACCGUCAUCACCCUCGUGGUCGCCCUCCUCGACAUGCCGCAAAAUGUCCGCGUCUUUGAGCAGCUCGACGGCCUGCUGACCGUCACCUCGUUGUUCCGCUCGCGCGAGACAAACCGCGACGUGAAGUUCCGCCUGACUGAGUUCCUGUACUUUUAUCUGACUCCCGAAACUCCCCCAGUGGCUCAGAAAGCCGGUAGGGACGGCAGCAGCCCAAAUGGGGAGGCGUUCAAGAGUCCUGGACGGGCUGGCAAGAAGGGUGGUGAGAAGUCCGGAAGUGGCGUCACGUUGUCGGUUGAGGAGAAGAAGCAGCUUGUGGAUCGGUACCUGCCAGGCUUGGUGGACGAGCUGUUGAGGGACCUGGAUACGUAUAAGCCGUUUGGAGGGAUUUUGAGUUAA